CCUCAGAAACACAGAAACAUAUGAAAAAGGAAUCAACUUUCGACAGAAGAAACUCUAUUCCAGAACUUCAGUUCAUCCACACAAAAUAAAAAAAAAAAAAAACAAAAAAUGAAACAAAAUCACCAAAGUUUUCCUCCUCUCCUUCUGUCGCUGGUGAAAUCUCCGAUAUACAUAGGUCUGAUUGCGUUUAUAUACUCUCACAGUCACAGAGAAACCAGUAGGAACAAAAGAGAAGAGAAAGAAACCCUUCAUAGGACAUAGUCAUAUACUGCCAUGGCUAUUGCUGCUCCUGCUUCUUCGCCUUCCAUUCGCAUAAGCCAUCGAAGUUCUUUAUUCCUGAAUUGCCCUUCUGUUUCUUGGAAAUCCCAGUAUCGUCCUCACUCUGUCGUUCUUCCUAGUAGAAUCAGAGCAAGCUCCACUCUUGCUGUUGAACCGGAGUUAAGUACUCAAGCUCAAACAAGUACAGAUGUUGAAUUGUUUGCAUGCCCAGUUUGUUAUGAACCGCUAAUAAGAAAAGGUCCUUCGGGUUUUAAUUUACCAGCAAUCUAUAGAUCUGGAUUCAAAUGCAAGAAGUGUAACAAGACAUAUUCGAGUAAAAAUAUCUAUGUCGAUCUGACUGUUACUGCUGGAACAAAGGCGUACAAUGAAUUUAAACCCGCUAGAACUGAGCUAUUCAGGAGUCCACUUGUUUCCUUCUUGUAUGAGAGAGGCUGGCGUCAAAAUUUUAACCGAAGCGGUUUUCCAGGUCCCGAUGAAGAGUUACAAAUGGCUCAGGAAUACUUUAAAGCAGUUCAAGGCGGUAUUCUUGUAGAUGUAAGCUGUGGCAGUGGAUUGUUCUCCCGGAAAUUUGCAAAGUCGGGCGACUAUUCAAGAGUCAUUGCACUGGAUUUUUCUGAAAAUAUGCUGCGCCAGUGUUACGACUUCAUCAAGAACGAUGAAAGUGUUCUAAACUCGAAUCUUGCGCUUGUGAGGGCAGAUGUUUCCCGAUUACCCUUCUCAUCUGGAUCAGUUGAUGCUGUUCAUGCUGGUGCAGCGUUGCAUUGUUGGCCAUCACCAUCAAAUGCAAUUGCUGAAAUCAACCGUAUCUUGCGUAGUGGGGGUGUAUUUGUGGGAACUACUUUUCUUCGAUUCCGUCAAUCUACUCCUGCAAUAUUAAGGCCAUUAAGAGAGUUGGAUACUUGAAGAAACCUAAGUGUAUUCCUGCAAGGUUUAUGCCAAUGUCAAUUUUAAGAACUUUUCUGUCCCAACUGGGCAUUUUCUGUUAGGCGAUGAUCAUUUGACUGUUAGGGUCGGUCGCACUUUGUUUUCUGAGUGUACUAUAUGCACGGUGUCCUCUCUCGACUCACAUGGCCUUUUAGUUUUGUCGGACCUGUUGUAGAAUCUGUUGUUUUGCAAUAUAUCUGAUGUGUAUCAUGUUCGAUCAACAAUUACUUGGUGUAUAAUACAAGUUGAAUUUGGAAGCAGAGGGCAUUGCAAGGCUACAGCUACCUUACUGAGGAGGAGAUUGAAGACUUGUGCACAUCUUGUGGCCUUGUCAAUUAUUCCCAGAAAGUCCAAGAAUCCUUCAUCAUGU